GGGAGCUGCAGGUUCAUCUGCUCCUACGUCUGAGCUUGUAUGCUGCCUGCACCGUCACUGUCAGUGUGCCCAGACACAGCUCUCCUUCAGAUCUGCCUUCUCCUCUGCUUCCUGUCAUACUCUCCCGUCCUCCAUCCCUGCAUCCUCAUCAUCCCUGUGUCUCGUAGCAUCCCUGCCUCCUCCUCAUCCCUGUGUCUCGUAGCAUCCCUGCCUCCUCCUCAUCCCUGUGUCUCGUAGCAUCCCUGCAUCCUCCUCAUCCCUGUGUCUCGUAGCAUCCCUGCAUCCUCCUCAUCCCUGUGUCUCGUAGCAUCCCUGCCUCCUCCCUCCCUGUCAUCGCUCGCCUCCCUGCACCCUCCUUCCUUCCAUGCAGCCUCUUUCUGCUGCCUACCUACUAUCAGUCUCUCUCCUCCUCCUCCAUCUCCUCACCUGGGUGUGUGCACAGCAUCCCUCAGCUCCCGCUCCAAGAUGUCAUGGAGAUAAUGAGCUUAUUUGUUGCUGCUCAGAUUGGAGGGCAGAGGAGGCUUGUGGAGGAAGACAGGCCGGAACCCUGCCAGCCAUCUCAAUAUGGGUACCUGAGCAAGGACGUCUGACUGCGCAUCAUGGAGCCUCAGAAUGGGCAGUAUUCCCCAGCCAACCAUAUGACGGUGGACGGAGAGGCUGGCAUGGGCAGAGAGGAGGCGGUGGAGCUGGCAGGUGUUGAACUGGAACCAAACCAGCAUGUUCCUGUGUCUGGAGGAACCCAGAAGGUGCACCAUCCUGGGGUCAGCCGGUGCCCUUACACUGCCGGGCGUCCUGCUCCUGGACCUGCACCUACACACCUCUCAGGUUUGGGACACACUCAAAGUGCUUCUAGCCCUGGGCUAAUUCUGCAACACUGCCAUGCUGCUACUGGACCCCACCAAACUUGUGCUCUAGAACCAAAUCAGAAUCCACUUCCAGGGUCUAAUCAGCAAGCUGGUGCCUCAGCAUCAAUCCAGACCCCAUCCAUUACAGCUAAUGUGGCUGCUACACCUAUACCAAGCAAUCUUCCUACCAUAGGACCUGUGCCACCCUCUGCCCCAGGACCUGUGCAGCCUUCAGCUUUAGGAACUACACAUUCUUCAGUACAAGGUACCACUCCUCUGGCGUCCAAGGUUCCCACGCAGCCUACUGUCACAAAAGCAAUACAUACGCCUGCAGCAGUGUCUGUGCAGGUUACUAGACAGACUGCAACCCCCAGGCCGAAUCAUGUCAGAGGCUCCAACAAACCUACCCCAGGUACUAAUCAGCCACCUGCAUUAAGACCCAAUCAGCCACCUAACCGUGGACCUAAUCAGCCACCUAACCGUGCACAAAAUCAGCCUCCUAACCAUGGAUCCAACCACCCACCUGCAUUCAGACCUAAUCAACCUCCUAACCGUGGACUCAACCAGCCUCCACUGCCCAUAUCCAUUCUGCCUCUCUUAACAGGAUCCAACCAGCCUCUUACCACAGGUUCCUUCCCCAACCGGCCUCCUGUUCCAGAACACAACCAAACCUUUAAUACUGCAUCUAACCAUCCAACAGCACCCAAUCAAACUGUAACAGGACCGACCCAAACUUCUUCCUCUGCACCUACCGCGCCUCCUUCUACAGGAUACAACCAACCAUCUGCCCCUGCAGCCAGCCAAACUCCUUUGUCAGGACCCAGACAUAAUUCUGCUCCUGAACCCAAGCAACAAGCAGUACCCUGCCGAACCUUUGACCCUGCACUCAGCCAACCUUCUAUAGGACCUAACCAUACUUCUACACCUUCAUCAAGCCAACUGCCUUCUACAGUCCUCAAUCAAAUGUCUCCACCUGCACAAAGCCAAUAUACUGGACCCAACCAAACCAUUGCCCCAGCACCCAACCAACCUACAGGACCCAACCAAACCAGUGCCACUGCACCCAGCCAACCUACAGGACCCAACCAAACCACUUCCCCUGCGCCCACCCAACCUGUCGGACCCAAACAAAAUGCUGUCCUUUUCCCCAGCCAACCUACAGGACCAAACCAAACUUCUGCCCCUUUGCCCAGCCAACCUACUGGACCAAACCAAACUUCUGCCCCUUUGUCCACGCAACCUACAGGACCCAAUCACACUUCUGCCCAUUCACCUAGCCAACCUACAGAACACAACCAAACCACUGCCCCUGCACCCAGCCAACCUACAGGACCCAACCAAACUGCUGCCCCUUCACCCAGCCAACCUACAGGACCCAACCAAACUAUUGCCCCUGCACCCCACCAACCUACAGGACCCAACCAAACUGCUGCCCCUUCACCCAGCCAACCUACUGGACCCAACCAAACUAUUGCCCCUGCACCCCACCAACCUACAGGACCCAACCAAACUAUUGCCCCUGCACCCAGCCAACCUACAGGACCCAACCAAACUGCUGCCCCUUCACCCAGCCAACCUACAGGACCCAACCAAACUAUUGCCCCUGCACCCCACCAACCUACAGGACCCAACCAAACUGCUGCCCCUUCACCCAGCCAACCUACAGGACCCAACCAAACUAUUGCCCCUGCACCCCACCAACCUACAGGACCCAACCAAACUAUUUCCCCUGCACCCCACCAACCUACAGGACCCAACCAAACUGCUGCCCCUUCACCCAGCCAACCUACAGGACCCAACCAAACCAUUUCCCCUUCACCCAGCCAGCCUACAGGACCCAACCAAACUGCUGCCCCUUCACCCAGCCAACCUACAGGACGCAACCAAACCAUUUCCCUUUCACCCAGCCAGCCUACAGGACCCAACCAAACCAUUGCCUCUGCUCCCAAUCAACCUACAGGACCCAACCAAACCAUUGCCUCUGCUCCCAAUCAACCUACAGGACCCAACCAUACCACUGCCCUUACUCCCAAACAACCUACAGAACUCAACCAAACAACUUUUGCUUCACCCUGCCGACCUACAGGUCCCAGCCAGCCUCACACCCCUGGAGCAAUUCAGCAGCCUGGCUCCUAUCAGUCUUCUGUUCCUGGAUCCAGUCAGAUUCCAGGUCCUGAACGUAGACAGCCUUCAGUCACAGGCCUCAGUCAGACAUCUUCUGGGAUAAAUCAAACUCCAGCUCUCGGUCAAAGCCAGUCUCCAGACUCUGGCCAAAGCCUGUCUUCAGCACCAGGGCAAGUCUACUUGCUCCCAAAGUCAGAGGCUUCAGAGCACCUUGAUGGAGAGGAGCCUGGCACCUUCAUGCAGCGGCAGUUUGGGGCCCUCCUUCAGCCUGGGGUCAACAAGUUCUCCCUGCGAAUGUUCGGGAGCCACAAGGCGGUGGAGAUUGAGCAGCAAAGGGUAAAAUCUGCAGGGUUUUGGAUCAUCCACCCAUACAGUGACUUCAGGUUCUAUUGGGAUCUAAUUAUGCUUCUGCUCAUGGUUGGGAACCUGAUAAUCCUUCCAGUGGGAAUCACAUUCUUCAAGGAUGAGAACACCCCGCCCUGGAUUGUGUUUAACGUCCUCUCCGACACCUUCUUCUUAGCUGACCUGGUCCUGAAUUUCCGGACAGGCAUUGUGGUUGAGGACAACACAGAGAUCAUUUUGGACCCACACACCAUCAAGAUGAAAUAUCUAAAGAGCUGGUUUCUGGUGGAUUUUGUGUCUUCCAUCCCUGUGGAUUAUAUAUUCCUCAUCGUGGACCUGGAAACCCGCGUGGACUCUGAGGUGUACAAGACAGCCCGGGCCCUCCGAAUUGUCAGGUUCACCAAAAUUCUCAGUCUUCUCCGACUGCUCCGGCUGUCCCGGCUCAUCCGAUACAUCCACCAAUGGGAGGAGAUCUUCCACAUGACCUAUGACCUGGCCAGCGCAGUGGUGCGGAUCUUUAACCUCAUCGGGAUGAUGUUGUUGCUCUGCCACUGGGACGGGUGUCUGCAGUUCCUGGUGCCGAUGCUGCAGGAAUUCCCGGAGGAUUGCUGGGUGUACAUCAGCAAGAUGGUGAACGCAUCCUGGGGUAAGCAGUACUCCCACGCCCUCUUCAAGGCCAUGAGCCACAUGCUGUGCAUCGGCUACGGGCAGCAGGCGCCAGAAGGCAUGACAGACGUGUGGCUUACCAUGCUAAGCAUGAUCGUAGGGGCCACGUGUUACGCCAUGUUCAUCGGCCAUGCCACAGCCCUCAUCCAGUCUCUGGACUCCUCUCGCCGCCAGUACCAGGAGAAGUAUAAACAGGUGGAGCAGUACAUGUCCUUCCACAAACUGCCCCCAGACACGCGACAGAGAAUCCAUGAGUACUACGAGCAUCGCUACCAGGGAAAAAUGUUCGAUGAGGAAAACAUUUUAGGAGAACUUAGUGAGCCACUUAAAGAAGAAAUUGUUAACUUUAAUUGCCGGAACCUCGUCGCCAAUAUGCCACUUUUUGCCAAUGCCGACCCCAACUUUGUGACUGCCAUGUUGACCAAGCUUCGCUUUGAGGUCUUCCAGCCAGCUGAUUACAUCAUUCGGGAAGGCACUGUGGGUAAAAAGAUGUAUUUCAUCCAGCAUGGGGUAGUAAGCAUCCUGACUCGGGGCAGCAAGGAGACUAAGCUUUCCGAUGGGUCAUACUUUGGAGAGAUCUGCCUGCUGACCCGUGGGCGCCGGACGGCCAGCGUACGCGCCGACACCUACUGCCGCCUCUACUCUCUGUCCGUGGACAACUUUAAUGAGGUCCUGGAGGAAUAUCCAAUGAUGCGUCGGGCGUUUGAGUCUGUGGCCAUGGACCGACUAGACAGGAUUGGUAAGAAGAACUCCAUCCUUCUGCGCAAGCGUGCAGAGAACAGCAGUGGCUCGGUGAAUAAUGAGAUUAUUCAGCAGAUCGUGAAGCACGACCAAGACAUGGCACAUAACAUCCAGGAUCUCCAGGCACUGGGUACAAUGAGGGAUCCUGGCCACAAUAAGACUUUUAUCUGGGAACCCUUGGUUCAUGCCCCCCUACAAACUGCUGCAGCCACCACAAAUGUGGCCAUUGCACUCACCCACCAGCAGAACCUCCAGGCACAUGUAUUCCUACCACCGUUCUCCUUACCAGAGACCGCUUAUGCCAGUCGCCAGGCAAGAAGGUCCCAGCCCAAUGUUGGUGGGUCCCGGCCCUCUUCUGGCAGCUCUCCAUCGGGUGCCCAGUCUCACAUGCAGACUCCAGUGGGCAUCCCUCCCACAUCUCCUCGUGGCGUCCAAAAGCCGGGAGUUGCUGUACCAGUUUCACAGCUGUGCCAAAUACAGCGAGUGGACCACCCUGCCUUGGCAAAAUCACUUAUGACUUCUCAAGUGCAACUGUCCCGAUCUCGGGGAACCUCUGCAUCAACCUCCGUCUUGCAGCAAUCAGCAGGACCUACAAGCUCUCAAGCAGUGUUGGGGCAACUUUCGGGGAGGACUUUGCACUAUAGCCUGUCCAGAGCUACUGGGUCUCAUAUCUCUCUUCUCAUGCAGCAAGCUGCCGGAUCCCCUCAGUAUCUAGUCAAACACAGGAGCAUACAAGGACUUCCUAUUGGGAGACUAUCACAGGAUGUACGAGUCCUUUCUGCCUCUCAGCCUUCACUGCCCAACAAAGCAGCCCAACAGCAGGACAGUGCAGCAUCUCUCCAUUCUGCAGACUCCCAGGGGGCCGCUAGUCACAAGUCCUCUCCUUCUGUAUCCAUAGUGAUGGUUAAACCAGCUCUGUCCUCUACUUCUUCUCAUGCACAGCAGGUGCCUUCAGGGUCUCUUGUCUUGUCUGGAUCUUCAGUUAGUUGCUCAGCUACUCCCCAGUCUCCUGUUUCAACGCCUCGACAGCCAGCACCAUCACGCAAGGGAUCAGUAGCUUUCAGCCCUGAGGUGGACAUUAGCAAACCCAAGCUCUCAUCAAAUAUGUGAAGAGCGGCCAAAGACAUUGAUGCCUCGCCCAACAGAGAACCCAACCACCUUCUAAUUCAUGCCAGGACCAAACACGAGAAGAAAGUACAGCCAAAUCCCAGAUGAACAACACUGCAAUGGUCCAGUCCUAUCAUUCUAUCUAUACAUGCCCUGAGCCAAGUCACAGCUCAACGUGUGACCUUAGCAUGUCCAGUAAUGUACCAGCAUCUUACAUACCCUGACCCAGACAGAAGACCAACAUAUGGCUCAAGCAUGUCUCCUGAGUCAGCAACACCCACCGUAACUAAGGGACAACAAGAUGUCAGAGAAGCUUGAGAGUAAUUAUGCCUUACACAACACUAUCAAUUAAUUUAUAAUCAAUAAAUAAAGCACUUUACAUGUAAGUCUUUGGACAGUCUUUUGGUGGAGGGAUUACAAUAACGUAUGAAGAAAAGUCCUCAGGGCUUGUCCAGGCAACCAAUGUAGAAUUUGGCCACCCAUAACUGAGGACCAAUGUCAUGGAGGAAGUGGCUCAUGGAAGCUACCUGUGAGGUGUGUACUGGGUUUCCAACACCCCCCUCAUGUCUAUAUGUCUAGUUCUAUUGCAGUAAUAAUGUCUCUGAGAGGUUGUGUGCCAAGAAAGAUGCCCGUGUCCAGCAGAACAAACGAGAUGGAGUAAAUGUAAACUCCUUGACCACAUGCCACCCCUGUAUGUUACAUUAAGAGCUAGGAUCCCUAUGCUCCUGCACCUUGCCUCAAUAUUACAGUAAUCACCAAUUCUCCUGUGUAUCCCCAGACUCUUAGCCUGUGCCCCAACAUGUGCCAUUUUCAGGUCUGGGAUCCUCUAUCUGCCCCCAUCACUGAGAUUUGCUCCAACUUGUACUAAUGCAUACAUUUUGCACUUCUCUCACCCAUAGCUAGAGCUCAUCGCCACAGUUAGACCCUUCCCCUGCAGUUAGAACUCUCUCCCACAGCUAGACCUCUUCCCCAACCGCUAGACCUCUCCCCCCACAUCUAGAGCUCUGCUCCACCAUACCCAAUGUUCUACCAAACUCAGAUGGUUCCGGUAUGAAUGGUCGACCAUGUUAUGGUCGACAGUCAUUAGGUCGACCACUAUUGGUCGGCAUUUACAUGGUCGACAUGGACACAUGGUCGACACAUGAAAAGGUCGACAUGAUUUUUUUUACUUCUUUUGGUGUCGUUUUUUGCGUAAAGUGACUGGGAACCCCAAUUAGUGCACCGUGUCCCCUCGCAUGGCUUCGGGCAUGGUGCCUUCGCUUCGCUCGGCACAGAUUACAGUUCCAAUCAUAGUCCACGUGGAUCGUAAAGUAUGGAAAAGUUCCCCAAAAGAAAAAAAAGUUCAAAAACUCAUGUCAACCUUUUCAUGUGUCGACCUUUCAUGUGUCCAUGUCGACCAGGUCAAUGUCGACCAAUAGUGGUCGACUUAAUGACGGUCGACCAUGUGAACGGAUACCACUCAGAUUUAUUAUUCAUAGCUAAGACUUCUAGUCCACUGGUGCCAAUCAUAGUCCUCAAAGCACCCCAACAGUCUAUGUUUUAGGGAUAUCCCUGUUUGUGCACAAAGGGUAUAAGCAAAUUGACUGAGGUACUAAAUUAAGUCACCUGUGCCAAAACACGGACCGCCUUAAAACUUGGACUGUAGGGAGGCCUUGAGGACAGCGUUUGAGAACCACUGUUCUAGUCAUUACUUAGAGCUCUGAUCUUCCGUACCCAAUGUUCUAACUCACACUAUGAUCUAACAUUCAUAGAUAGACCUAGCCUCCAUAUACUUAGAGCUCUUCUUCCUUAAACUUAAUGAAAUAUCACAUAGUAAGAUCUCUAGAUCAUAGCUAAUGCUCUCCUCCUCCAUUCUAUACAAUAUUUUACCACAUUGAAAUAUAUCUAAAUUAUAUUAUGAGAUAUCCACCAUUUCUACAGCCCUGUAUCACCAUUCCAAAUGUUCUACCACAUGGCAAGCUCUCCUCUAUACAUAGCGUAUUCCUCCAUAGUUUCAGCAAUAUCAGAAUACCUAGCUCCAUACCUCGUACAAAGAGCUCUCCGCCAACUUACUGCUUCUCCACUGCACCUACCGCUCUCCGUCAACCUACUGCUUUCCACUAGAGCUACCUCUCUUCACAAACCUACUACUCUCCACCAUACCUAUUGCUCUCCACCGCAGCUACCGCUCUCCGCCAUACCUACCGCUCUCCACUGCAGCUACCUCUCUUCGCCAUGCCUAGUGCUCUCCGCCAACCUACUGCUCUCCACCAGCCUACCUCUCUUCGCCAAGCUACUGCUCUUCACCAUACCUAUUGCUGUCACCGAAGCUACCACUCUCUGCCAUACCUACUGCUCUCCACCGCAGCUACCUCUCUUCGCAAAGCUACUGCUCUCCACCAUACCUAUUGCUGUCUACAGCAGCUACCACUCUCCGCCAUACCUACUGCUCUCCACCACAGCUACCUCUCUCCACCAAGCUACUGCUCUCCACCAUACCUAUUGCUGUCACCGAAGCUACCACUCUCCACCAUACCUACUGCUCUCCACCACAGCUACCACUCUCCGCCAUACCUACUGCUCUCCACCGCAACUACCUCUCUUCGCCAACCUACUGCUCUCCACCAUACCUACUGCUCUCCACCAUACCUACUGCUCUCCACCACAGCUACCUCUCUCCGCCAUACCACAGACAUACCAAAUACCAGUCUCCUUCAACAUUACACUCUAAUACCUACUUUUAUCUCUGCAGUAUACACAGAGGUCACCUCCACAUCUAAUCCUACCUAGAGAGCUCUACCCCAUGUUUAAUGUGUGUGCUCAUGUUAUCUACGUAACCCAACCCUAUUUCUAAUGCCAGUUCCUAAAUAAAAGUCCUCAACCUCAGUAUCCAGCCUAUUCCAAUAAACUUUACAGAGCAUGAACAGAAUAAAUAGAAUGAUCACCCAAAAGUUAACUUCCAAAUGGCCUGGAGCACAAGUGUUUGUGCUUAACUCAACUGCUCCCCCUGGUGUCCUAACCACUUACGAAAGCCCCAUGCUGUACCGGAAUAUCUAUUCCAUGCUUAAAUAACUAGAGGUCCACUUUAAAUCCUGUGCUCAUCCCCAGAGCUUAUACACUGUGCCUUCACCUUAGUCCUUUGUUCUUUGUUCUUUUCCAUAUACCCCUCUGAGGAAUCCACCCCACCCAUGUUCUCCUUGCCUCACGUGAUACUGGAACACGACGGACGGAUUUAUUCCUUGGGGAUGGUCGGCGUGGAACAUACUUACAAUGCUAUGCAUUCUUACCCUUGCAGAUAUCUCCCUCUCUGGUGCCACAAGGCAAUAGAAGACAUGAACAUUCAGUGCUCCCAUCUGACCUACCUUCACUUUGCAAAGCGACAUCUUAAGUGAUAGACAAGGAGAGAUUACACUCACUUCUCUGUGCAGUAUACGGCCAUGCUUUGCACUCUGUUCGUUAAAACAGGCAGCUGAAUCCCAGCACGAAAAUGCAGACCCCCAUCAUGUUAAAACAGGAGACCUCUGGGGCCCUUGUCGACAUGUAACCCAACGACAGAAAUCAGAUGAUUUCAGGGAGCAAACAGCCUGUGACCCAAAUUUGAGAUGACAAGCUGCGGAUAAGAUCAUCGCCGGCCUGACCAUGGCCCUGCUAAUUCUCCUUAUAAAAGUACAUGCCCCUUACACAUGGAGGCCACGUUUCUACAUGCACCCAUGUAGAUCAUUUCAUUGGUAAAGGGAGACUUGUUGUGUGAGAAACAAAGGUGGUCAUGUAUUAAAUGUAUUUGACAAAAAUCACUAGGAAAACAUUAAUUCUUACUCUCAGUCCCACCUCAUAACUGACUUACAUUGUGCAUGUACCAUAGGAAACACCCUUAGCCUAGCACUUUCUGGGCAAGAAGAGGCUCACACUGGGUUGCAACAGGUCCAGCUAUCAACUACAAUACAUAGUUAACACGAUUCAGCCCAACCGCACACACCACCGCUGCAGAGGAAAUGGUCAUUGUAGGAGACCUCAUGUAAAGAAUAAAACCAUAUUAUAUCUCAUCAGGAAUAAGACAUCUUAUUACUGGAACAGGUAUUUGGGUAAUAUACAGAUGGAAGUUGGCUUAAAGUGUGUGAGAGGAGUGUUUUCUAUAGAUACACUAGAAGUGGAAACAGAGGAAACAUCUCACUGGUGGGAGAAAUGUGAUGUAGUAUCAUGAUGGAGGAGGAGGAACCACCUUAUUUCAGGGAAGGACACAGUGUGUUCUACAAAUGGCAACUGAGGUAGUAACCGAGGAAACAUCUUGUCCCUGGGAGAGAGGGGAGGUGGCAUCAGAAUGGAAGGUCAGGAAGAGGCAUCUUAUUUCUGGGCAGGAGCUGGUGUGUUCUACAACUGGCAGCUGAGGAGACAUCUUGCCCCUGGGAGAGAGGAGAGGUGGCAUCAGGAUGAAAGGAAAGAAGACGCAUCUUAUUUCUGGGCAGGAGGUGAUGUGUUCUACAAAUGGCAGGUGAGGUAGUAGCUAAGGAGACAUCUUGUCCCUGGGAGAGAGGUGAGGUGGCAUCAGGAUGGAAGGUCAGGAAAAGGCAUCUUAUUUUUGGGCUGGAGGUGGUAUUUUCUAAAGGAGGAAGCUGAGGAAACAUCUUUAUCCCUGGGAAGCAGAUGAGGUGAUAUCAGGUUGGGAGGGGUGGAAAAUCUUAUUUCUGGGCAGGAGGUGCUAUGUUCUACAGAUGGAAACUGAGGAUACAUUUUUGUUUUGUUUUUGGUACUGUACAUAGAAAGGUCUGUUUAAAAUAUUCUGUAAAUAAAAAUGUCUAAAGACAA